AUGAAGAGGGGUUUCGGCCCGUCACACGGGGCAGGAGGGGAAAACGAUGGGCUUGUGUCUCUCGACCGAGUUAUCCUGGACUUGAAUGGAAUGACUUUUUUUUUUGCAGCGAAUGACCCCCUCGUCGAGGGCGAGGCGUUCGUCCAGUGUACCGUCCAUGUGCACGACGGCGGCCAGCACCACUCGUUGCACACGGCCAACCCCCCGAGGCCAUCAUCACCGGGUGCGCCAGAUGCCGCCAACGAUGCCACCAUGGCGCCGAGGCAGCCAUGCUGGGCGCCUGGGAACAAGGCCACGGCCGCGAGCCAGGUGCGCAUGUGCCAUGCUCGCCCCCCAACCGUCGGCGGCUCGUUCGCCGACGGUGGUGCGCGGGCCGGCCAUCGGCGCGACCAACAGGUGAAUGGCAUUCUUCGUCCGACGUGCGACCACGGCACCACUUGUACCGGGCUCGAGGAAGCCACCCGUGCCGUCCAUGGCGCGAGGUCGGAAGACGAGAGACGCAAGCGGAAGGCAGGCCAAGGCCUAGAAGGAGGACGGCCGGCGGCCGACGUGAUGGAACUUUUCAGACGGAUGAUGGGCACCGCGAAGGCUGCUUCAUCGACGCCACAAGUCGGCGGAUUGUCGCGGCAGAGGAGGCAUCGUACGCAGCACGGUGGACGGGAUGGCGAAUCCUGGCGCAAGCAGAUCACAGGUGCACGUGCGAGUCGACGCAUUCGUUGGGCGCGGAGAGGCCACGGGUGGGAAUGCCGAGGUGGACAGAGGUCCAAGCAUGGAGUGAUGUACUCCGAACUGUACUUGUACCGUAGAUGA